UUCCCUCUUGAGUCUGGUUCCUCUCAAGGUGUUUAUAUAUUAUUUUUAAUCCUGAAGGGUUUGGAGUUUCUAUUCCUACCAUUUUUUACCAUCACUGUUUAUAAUGCAGUGAAAGUGGAAGAACGAGCUGCACUGAUCUGUGUGACUGUGUUCCUCAUCAUCUUAAGUGUGAUGAAUUUUUCAUUGUCUGCAACUCUAAAUCAGAGCUCAGAGUCACUGUAUCCUGUGGUUGUGUUCCUGAUUGGUUCAGUGCUGGUUGUUUUUGUGAACGCUGCCGCAUUAUUAGUGGAGCUGAUCCUAAAAGCACGAACUGGUCAGCGUACAGUGGAUCUGCGACUUAUUGUGAUACCGACUGAAAUCGUCUUUGCCGUGUUCUUGUUCGCUGUACAGAUUUCUGUUUACUGUUUCCAUGUCCAGGGUCCAUCUGGUCCUCUCACUGUCCAGCUGGGAGACUCAGUGAAGUUGCCCUGUUUUGUAGAAACUCCUCUACCAAUGGAAGAUCUGGAAGUGGAGUGGAAAAGAACUGACUCUGGAUCUCUAGUGCACUUGUGGCAGAAUGGAGAAAGUCGACCAGAGUCUCAGAACCAGCGUUAUCAUGAAAGAGCUCAUUUCUUCUCUGAGGAGGUUGCUCAUGGAAACUUCUCUUUACUGCUUACAAAUGUGACUCCAGAAGAUGCAGGAGUUUAUAAGUGUGUCGUUCACACAAACCAGGUCUCUAAUGAAACUCUUAUUAAAAUAAUGGAGAUUGAGCGCUUGAUUGUGUCUGGAGGCCACGUUAUAUCUGCGUAUGUGGGUGAAGAAAUCACUCUGAACUGCUCUGUAGACUCACAUAUACCAUCAGAAAAGAUAGAAGAGGUUUCAUGGAAGAAACAGGAUGAAGAUCUCUUACUGCUGCUCUAUCAGGAGGGUGAAAUUCUGACAGAGUCAACACAUGGGAGAUUUAAGGACAGAGUAGAAUUCUUCAGCGCUGAAGACAGAAACAAAGGAAACUUCUCAAUGAGACUGAAGGAUGUCAGAAUUGAGGACAAAGGCCUUUAUAUGUGUUUAGCGUUUUCUGGGACAUUAUCAGAUAACACAACAGUGGAGGUGCAGCAGCUCGGUUUCUCCUCUGUGCAUAUAGGGAUAAUUGUGUUGUGUUUACUUGGGUUUGUAUUUGAACUAAUCCUAGGAAUCCUCUCUUAUUCAUCUUUAAAAAAAAAAGAUGGACAUCUAGCUGUACAGUGUGCACUUGUCCUUUGUCUGAAUAUCACUUUGUUCAUUGGCUUCAUUCUUUGGGGUGUUACUGAUGGGCUUUUUACAGAAGCAGCAACUUGUUCAGCACUUAAUUCUGUUAGGAUCUGUUUUUUAUUUUGGAUUGCUUUUCAUCUGAAAUCAUUUAAAGAUGAUGUCCACCAGUUAAUUACAUUUUUGGCAGGUCCACUACAAUAUUUUAUGAUCAUUACUGUUGUUUAUAUACCUGUUAUUGUGGAUGUCUGGCAUAAAGUAAACACUGCAGGGAAAGUAUUCAUGCUGAUAUUUUUUCUACCAGGACCAGUUUCAACUAUUCUGCCUGUCACUGUCUUUUUCUGGUUUCACUGCAGAAACAAAAAAGCACCACUAGGUGUUCUUCUAUUAUUUUUAUUCCUGAAGGGUUUGGAGUUUCUAUUCCUACCAUUUUUUACCAUCACUGUUUAUAAUGCAGUGAAAGUGGAAGAACGAGAUGCACUGAUCUGUGUGACUGUGUUCCUCAUCAUCUUAAGUGUGAUGAAUAUUUCAUUUUAUUAUAUUUCAACUCUAAAUCAGAGCUCAGACAAGGAGAAAAAAAAAUCAUCUCAACCCAAUCAUGAACAUGACCUCCAGAAUCUGCCUUCAUCACCAAUUUCCCCACUGCAAAGAAAAAUCUGUGAUCAUGAAAUCCCAGUGUUGGUGAUUGGUUCAGUGCUGGUUGUUUUUGUGAACGCUGUCGCAUUAUUAGUGGAGCUGAUCCUAAAAGCAGGAACUGGUCAGCGUACAGUGGAUCUGCGACUUAUUGUGAUACCGACUGAAAUCGUCUUUGCCUUGUGUGUGAUCGCUGUACAGAUAACUGUUUACUGCAAGGAGAAAAAAACAUCUCAACCAAAUCAUGAACAUGAACUCCAGAAUCUGGCUCCUGCACCUGAGCUCUCAGGAUCUUAGCAGAAAUGUUCCAUUCUGAAGCAGAUCCUCAUUUCAUACAUAAAAUCAAUCACAACCCCAGAAGAUACCAAAAGUACAUGUACCUUGAUUCUUUACCACCUGACCUGCUGGAGCUCCAUCUUUCAUCACCUGAGUGACUGAAAUCCCUGCAACACCCUCUAGUGUGAGGUGAUUAUACUGCGCAACCAUGAGCAUGAAAAGGUCUCAUGUCUGACUGAAAAAUGGUAAUGGGAAUGAGAAAGAACUUCUUGAAUGUGUAAAACAAACCCAAACCAUCAUGCUUCCACCACCAUGCUUCACAGUUGAGUUAAUGUAUUAUUCUCUAUAUGUAAUAUGUGCGUGUGAUCUGUAAUGUGCACCUCGAAUAUGUUCUCCAAUUUGCUCCUCCUGUGGAAUAUAAUGACUCAUUUAUUUUCUUUUUCUUUAAAUGCAUUUAAAUUUUUAUUUUAUUUUUUGAUGAUUUCUGGGAGACUGCAUUGGUACAAAUUGGUACAUAAAUACUAUUAGAAAACCGUAUAUAAAGAUCCAGGCAGAAUCCAGGUGUCUAUUUAUUUAGAGUUUAUUUUUUUUAUACAGUGUACAAAUGUAAAAAUAAUAUUUUCACUGAAUAGUGAAUCUAAAGAUGUUUUUCUGUAACUGUGUUGAGUAUAAAUAUAAUUCUGUAAUGAGAUCAGAAAAGUUUCUUUCAUUUUUAUUUUUUUGGUUCUUUUGCAUUUAAAGACUUGCAGGUGAGAGGAAACUCCUCCUGCUGCAUGUUUACAACAUUGUGAAAGAUCUGACUGUACAUGUGUAUGAUUGUGUUGUAUGUUGCCUGUUUGUUUUUUCCUUUUUAUUAUGUAGUGCUUUUGUAUUAUAUUCAAUCUGUAUAUGACUGCAGAGAUUCAAACUUUGUAAGCUAUUAAUAUAUUGUGUGUUGGACAAAUUAAAAAAUAAUAAAAUCCA